UAGAAACUGAGCGUUUGUAAAUAUUAUUGUUAUCGAGAAUGUGUCAGUAGAAGAAAAUUAGUGUACUGUUUGUGUAUUGUGAAUGUCAGUCCGUAUAAUGGAUUCUAUGGAGUCUGUUGUGAUGUAAAUGUUGAAUAGUUGUAUUGCCUUGCAGUAACGAGGAAUUUGACUAAAUUCAUAACCUUCGGUGACAUUUGCGCUGUAGCUCCUCACUACAUGUUUCGAUGGAUGCAAUGUGCGAGGAAAUAGACGCUCUUAUUUCCGAAAACAACGCAUUGGUUUCUCAAACAAAAGCAGAUGACCUCAAUACGAGGUCACCGAGAUUGCACCCAUUGGAAUGGAAGAACGGCAGCCUAUGACACCCACCACUCUGCUUGCAGCAACACAUCAAGGUGCUGUUGAUGCCACACGCACUCACAAGGAGAUCAAUGCUUAUGCCAAGCUAGAUCAAAUAUUGGAAUCUAUUAAUUUGAAUAAGGAUGAUGAUGUGAGGCCUGAAUAGACCACUCACACAGAUGGGGAUGUUACUACCAAGCUGGGUAAAAUAUUGAAAGCCAUUACUCCAAAUGAUGCCACCCCUGUUCACAUUGAGAUCGAUAUUUAUGCAAAGAUGGAUAAAUAUUAAAAUCCAAUUUUCUGAUUAUCAUUCUGAAUGAUGGAAAUCCCUAUGUGGCUAACCAAUGCCAAUGAUUUUCCAUAUUAACAUGGAUUUAGAAAGCAUCACUCUUGUGAAACUCAGCUUGCCCUUUUCUGGCGUGGAUGAAUGGUAACAGGAAGAUACCACAUUCCUAGAUUUCUGGAAAGCAUUUGGCACGGUACCCCAGUGUAGACUGUUAAUGAAGGAAAAAUAUAGCCAUGUUAUUACUGAACGGCAGGAAAUAAACUUGAAAUUAAAUGGUUUCCUAUGUUUGCUGGACAGAUUAAAGGUCCACGAGAGAACCCAGAAUAAGGAAGAAGUAACUAAAGAAUACCUUGACUUAAAGUUAGGGGUGAUGUGCAAUAUCUUGUGGCUAUGCUGGACAUACAACAAAUUUUACGAACUGUAUGAUUCUGUUCUUUUGACCAAAAUUGAUGAAAAUUUGAAGAUGGUAUUGUUGUCUAGCAUAGGGAUGCUUGGUGAGAUUAAAGUAUGGCCUGAUGCUUUAAAUGGAAGAAAUACAUUUAUUAUCAGUUACAUGGAACUUGUUCUGGAGAAAAUAUUGUCAUUACCAGUCAUUCAUGCCAGGAAGGUACUGCAACUGUGCAUACUAAGUGUUUUGUAUAUUUUGAAAUUUGAUCCAGGAGAUGAUCUAUUAGAAAAAUGCAUUAAUUUGGUUACUACUUCAUGGAACAUAUCAAAAAAACUUUCAGAAAAAGCUCAUUGUUCAUUGGGGUCUGAUCCCAAGGAGACAAAGGUAAUUGGGACUGAUGACAAGAAGAAACUACCUAUUUCACAAUUUGAUUUUCUCCAGUGUGCUGCUCAUCACCAGAGUUUCUGUACAGUUUUAAGUGAGACCUUACAAGUCCUACGGAACUUGUGUUGCACUAAACUGAAAAACAGAGAGAAUGCUGUGGCCUUCUUAACAUUGCCUGUUGAAAAUAUGACUUAUUUCCACUACAUCAAUUUAUAUGUAAGAGCAUUUGCAUUUAUCUGCCAGGCAGAACUGAAGCAGAGUUCAGUUCAGUUAUGGGCCAUUACCCAGUUGAAUUUAGAUGAUUGCCAGAAAGCGGCAGUUCACAUCCUGCAUGGCUACUACUUACAGAACAGUGGAUUUUACUCAUCUGCCCAUAAGCAAUAUGUCAAAUCAAUAGAAAGUGCCUGGAUGAUGAUAGCUCUUCAACUUCUCUGUUCUAAUUACAGUUUUCUCAUAACAGAAAUUAAAGACAAGAUUGGAAGCAGCCCCUCAGGAUUCUUAGAUUGUUACAUUCAACUGUUAAAAACAUCAAAAAGUGCUUUGCGUGGAAGUUGGAUAAGUUCAACGAAACAUAAUGUGAACUUUGAAUUCACAGUUAUCAGUUAUUUGUAUGAAGAUCCGAAGUUUUCAGAGUAUUCCCUACAGUAUGAUUUGGCCAGGGCCUACACAAAGUGUCAGAAUUAUCUGUCUGCAUCGGAAGAGUACAUGUCAUUGCUUGGAAGUAUCUUGACAAAGGAUUAUAAUGCCAGUGGACUCUCACAGAAACAAGAUAUUUUUACAAAUAUUCGUUUGAUCAUCCAUGAUGCAAUAUUAGUGCAUAUGAAGAGUUCACAGUUGGAGACUGCGCUCUUAUUAUGCAGGCUGUGCACAGAUCAGAAAUCGGUCCCUGCCACAAGAGUAGAAUCUGCAGAAGCUUUUAUACUGCGUAUGAAAGAUGAUGUCAUUGCAAUGAUGCUGACUGCAGAAGUCUACAUGGUUAUGGGGAAAACUAAUGAAGCGAAGGACAUCUUGAUGAGGUCCAUGGAGGCUGUAGUUGGAUGCAUACUGAAUCUAACGAGCAGUAGAGAUGCAGAUUGUUAUAAACUGAAAGCAAAUGAACUUCUUAAUGGAUUAUUAGCAAAAGUUUAUCUACAGAUUGCUGAAUGUUAUUUACAAAAUCAUUUGAUGAUAGAAGCUUCUUGUUUUCUACAGCGAUCACUGGAAAUAAAACCAGGGCAUCCAGAGGCUGUUAUGCUGUAUCAAAAAAUGCAAACUGGAUCUGUGGGUCAUGUUUCCCACCCAGUGAGUGAUUCAGAGGAAAGCAUGAAUCUUCUGCCAGAAGACUGCAAGAGUACAGCUUUAAUGUAUCUUCUCAAAGGAAAGCAUUACUCAAAAUUUUUUUGAAGUUAUGGUUCUUGGUACAGGACAUUGUUAUCACCAUCUUUCAGUACCCUGAGUAAACAUGUCAUUAUUUUGAAUGUCCUGAAAUUUCUUGUCUGUAAUUGUAAUCUGACAAAAAUGAAUGAAAAAACCGAAAUUUGCCUGCUCAUAUAGAGACUUGAGUUUAUUGCAGGACUAUGAAAUUGUAUCAAGGCUAUAGAGUGAUACAGACUGAAUUAUGUACUGCAUGAAAUACAGAUAAUGCUCAGAUUUUAAAGUAUAUCCUAAAUAUGCAUGUGUAAGUUAUGGGCAAUGUCCAUUUUGAAGACUACAAUGUUUAAAUGUGUGUCACAUAUGAAAUUAUGCAGUCUUGUACUGUAA